UAUACCCCAUUCUCUUUGCGCCGCCCUGGGCUCCCCCUCAAGCCUCCAAUCUUCUGUCGCGACGUUUUUUGGCUACGUCUUCCGUGUGGUCUCGCAGAUUAGCUUGGAAGUCAUAUUUUUUUGCGGUGGUUCCAUCGACAUCUUUCUGGCGCAUUUUGAGCUGCUGUGGACUUUACACGGUGUAUCGCAAGGGAAUUUGUGCAUCUUUCAUAUACCUGGUUUUGUAACCCAAUUGCGGUGCCGGAUGGGCGUGCAAGCAUGGCAGCAUUGGAUCUCGGGGCUAACGAGAUUGUAGGUGCGGAGUUGGAGAAUAUAGCUUCUCGUUGGAACUGUCUAAGCAAAGUUGAUGCGGUGGCUGAGUCGCAGUUAGCUGACGAGAGGGAAUGCUACCGGGAAGUCUUUCUUUUUUGAGCAGUGGUGAAUCAUCACCCUAGGUGCUGGUUUGUCGCAGUUCCUGAACUGGAAAAUAAGCAUUUUUCUGAUCAUUUUUUGGGAGUUGCCCCUUGGGCUCCUAAACCCUGAUUCCAUUUUUUGGGUUUCAACACGAUGCUGGAAGUGCACAGAUGCCGACAGAUUGAGUGGUCCCCAAGCGCUGUAGUUGCACUUGCCACCAGCAUAAAUGGGGCUGCUGUAGCUGUUGCUCGGGAGAACGGUGCUAUAGAGAUCUGGAGUGUUGCCGCUGGGUCCCUAGGAUGGCAUUGCCAAUUGAUCAUCCCAGGGAGACAAGGUGCAGCUAUUUCGUCCUUGUUAUGGUGCCAGUCCCUGGAGGAGGAUGAGUCCCCUCUGGGCAGAUUGUUCUCCGCAGGGUUGGAUGGCUUGGUCACUGAGUGGGAUCUUCAAACUCUCCAACCGAGGGCGGUCGUGGAGUCUAUGGGAGGGUCUAUAUGGCAUUUGGCUGCUGAGCACAUUGACGCGGUAGUUCCGAAGGGCUUGAAUGGAAGCUCCGACAAUAGAAUUCGGGGAAGUGAGGAGAAUGACAGUGACGAUGAGGGAAACAGUAGCAGCAGUGAUAGUGAUGACGAGGUUGAAAGGAAACCGCAAAGAGUAGCGCUAGCUUGUGAAGAUGGUGUUGUAAGAAUAUUUGAAGUGGGCAACUCAAAGGAUGGCCUUGUCUAUCGGAAGUCAUUCCCUCGAGUGAAAGGGCGAAUUUUGAGUGUCGCAUGGUCAUGGAAUGGUGAAAGGCUAGUCGCAGGUGGUUCUGAUGGGUGCAUAAGGUGCUGGGAUAUUGCUAAUACUAGAGAAAUUUAUCGAAUCACUGCUGGCAUCGGAGGCAAAGGGAGGGAUUCUGAUUUGUGUAUUUGGUCCUUGUUGGUUCUAAGGAAUGGAGACAUUGUUAGUGGUGAUAGCAGUGGGAGCACUCAGUUUUGGGACGGACAACUUGGCACACUGUUGCAAUCUCAGACUCGGCACGGUGCUGAUGUGUUGGCUUUAGCUGCCUCUCGUAACAAUGUUUUUGCCGCAGGAGCUGAUGGAAAGGUGGUACUAUUUCACAAAGUGGGUGAGAGUCAACGGCUGGAUGCUUCGUCAUCAGACGCUCUUGACGUUGCAAGAGGUGUUUCGGGUGAGAAAUGGGUCUAUGUGGGCAGCAAGCGAACACAUACCCACGACGUGAGGGCCCUCACCAUCGCCACUCCUAUCGUGUCUUCGCCUGUACCUGCAGAUAAGUCUGGAACGAAGAUGGACAAUGGGGAAAAAAACAAAGUGAAAAGGCGGCGAACCAAAGAAAAUCCAAAUUUAGCUCCAAAUGAUCACAAGAAAUGGGCCCGUGCACACACUGAAAUGUUAAUUUCUGGUGGUAACGACGCAAAACUCUUCACAUAUCCUGCGAAUGGAUUUCUUUCUUUCCAUCCUCACGAUGUAUGUCCUUGUCCUGAAAGGCCCUUCAUCCAGCUUGUGGAGCAUUCCUCCCUUAUUGGAGGUACUUUGAUGAUGGCUCAGCAUUCCAAUAGAGUUGAUAUUUGGAAGAUUUACAACGAAAACUCAGUAGCUAUUGGAUCUGCAAAUGGUGUUUACAGUCAAAAUGGACAUUCCGUCUUGGGAAAGCGGAAGUGGGAUGGAGGUGCUGAUUCAGGUAGUGAUUCUAAAGCAUUGAUACUGCAUAGCAAUGGGUCUGCUCACACACAGAAUGGACGAAGAAAGUCGUUCCCGGUAGAGUCUAUUAAUUCCCCUCGUUAUUCUCAAGGAAAAGCCUCUGGCACGCCACCAGCGCUUCUAGCUACGAUCAAGAUAAAUUCGAGUGAGCACAUUGUAUGCAGUGCUAUAUCAGGCAAAGGUGACCUAGUUGCAUUCGCCGAUAGCCAGAGGCCCCGUCUCUACGUGCUAGAGCGUAAGGGGGCUAGUGAAUUGUUUCAAAUCAAAAGGAAGAAGCUUCCUGCGGUUUUACAAGCUGCCCACUGCAUGGUUUUCAAUGCGGAUUCCAGCCGUUUGAUUGUGGCAGGACCUCAAGGGUUUAUUUGGGUUAUGGAUUCAAGCAGUGCAGAACUGGUCCAUACUUUUCACGUUCCUUCGCAUAACAAUGUUGGAUGGGCGAAUGGGAUUGUAAAAAUAAUGUGCACUAGUCCUGAUGGGCAAUGGCUAGCUGCUGCAUCGAGCACAGGGCACAUCGCUGUUUUCAAUUUGGAAGUUAUGAGGCACCAGUGGACAGUACCAGUUCUUGAUGGAACCCCUGCAACAGCUAUGGUAUUUUAUCCAGGGAAUAACAAUGUUCUUAUUGUGAGCAGUGCUGCUAAUCAGAUUCACGCUCUAGACGUCGAAGUGAGGGCCCCUGGACAGUGGUCACGACGCAAUGGAGCACGUAUUGCAAAGAAAUUGCAGGACUUUCCGGGUACAAUCAUCGGGCUUUCGCUACCCUCACAUCCGAAGUCUACAUCUAUCAUUGCUUAUAGCUCCAGUGCAAUGUGUCAUAUCGACUUCAGCCAACCAAUUGGAGAUGAAGCAGGCCCAAUGGAUGAAGAGUCCGGUAAAGGUCCAAAAGCAAUUAGUAAUGGCAAAGUGCAUGAAGGUGCGAAUUCGAAUGGUAUACUUGUGGAAGGUAGUUCUAGGACUAGUAGUGUUAGGGAGAGCAAGACCUUGGUGACCAGCAACGGUAGCGAGAGCAAGAGCUUGGUGGUGGUGAAUAUGAAGAACCCAGUUUUGUUUUUAGGACACACUGGGCGUAAUUCCGUGCUGAUUGUAGAGAAACCUUGGUUAGAAGUUUUACGGCAAUUUCCUGCCCCUGUCUCUAGACAUGUUUAUGGCAGUUGAGAUAAGGCAAGGGCUAAUUCAUCUCUUGUUCUCUCAUUUUUGAGUGUAUGAUAAAAAAAAAUCAAUACUACUUUGGCUCUCCUGACUUGAAGGUAUCCAACGGCAGCUUAAGUAUAUAGCUGACUCAUGAUGUCCAUGGAUACCUACAACAGCGGUAUGGUGACAUUUGAA